AUGUCCCUCGUUGCGCCAUUACACUUCAAUACUGUUCAAAUAAAUUUAUAUAGGGGAUCAUCCCCCAGGGAAAUUAAUAUACCGUUUUUGAAACGAUUAAGAUUAAAAUAUAUUCUGUCAUUGACACCAGAACCACUAGAUGAGACCAUGACAGCCUUUUGUAAAGAGAAUGACAUUAAGAUGAAACAUAUAGUAUGUAAUGAUAAACCUCCGAAGGAUAAGACGAAGAAAGUUAAGAGAAAGAAAAAACCAGUGCCAAUAGAAUAUGACGUUGUCAUCGAAUGUGUUGCGUUCUUAGUAGACAGGAGAAACUAUCCUAUAUAUAUGCAUUGUCACAAUGGAGAGCUGAUUACAUCUCUGGUGGUAGCCUGUCUCAGAAAGUUCUCAUAUUGGAGUACAGUUUCAAUCCUUAAUGAAUUUUUAAUAUAUAAUUCUAGCAUAAAUGUACAUGAAAGAAGUUUUAUUGAACAUUUUAAUUUAGAAGUGGAUAUACAGGGUCUCAAACCAAAAGAUAAAGUUCCAUGGGUAUCAGGACAGUUUAUUACCAAGACUUCUAAGAGUAAAAACAAAAAAAAAGAUGUAACUAAAGCAGAAGUUAUCACUACAAUGAGUAAUAGUAUACCUAAUGCCCUCCCGAAAUUAAAAUUCCAUAGUAUAUAA